AUGUCAUCAAACGGAACGCUAACUAGCACUGAUAGUAAAACAGAUAGUAAAACCGAUCUCCCAGGAGGUGGAUUAUGGGAAAAAGAAGGAAAUGAAACUCAAGAACCCCAAAUUUUAAGAAAAACAAAGAAAAAUACCACGGGUAUUGUUCAUCCAGAUAAUAGAAGGGAAUUAAGUGAAGAAGAUUGUUAUGAUAAAUUAGGUUUCUCAUUCCCUUGGUUUAAAAAAUGGUGGAUUAUUUCAGUUAUCUUUUUAGUACAACUUUCUAUGAAUUUUAAUGCUAGUGUUUAUGCUUCAGGUACUAAACAAUUUGAAGAACAUUUUCAUAUUGGUGAACCAGGUGUUAAGGUAGGUCAAAUGUUGUUCUUGGUCGCAUAUGCUUUUGGAUGUGAAUUAUGGGCUCCAUGGUCAGAAGAUUAUGGUAGAUGGCCAAUUAUGCAAUUAUCCUUAUUCUUUGUUAACAUUUGGCAAAUUUUAGCUGCUUUAGCACCAAACUUGGGUUCAUUAUACGUAGCUAGAUUCUUGGGUGGUUUGAGUUCUGCUGGUGGUUCAGUCACCUUAGGUAUGUGUGCCGAUAUGUGGGAACCACAAAAUCAAGGGUUUGCCGUUGCUUAUGUUGUCUUGUCAUCAGUCGGUGGUUCUACUCUUGGUCCUAUUUUUGGUGGUAUCAUGGCAGAUAAAUUGAACUGGAGAUGGAACUUCUGGAUGCAAUUGAUAGUAGGUGGAGUUACUCAACUUAUUCAUUUUUUCCUUGUUACUGAAACUAGAACUUCAAUCUUAGUUGAUCGUGAAGCCAAAAGAAGAAGAGAAUCAGGUGAAGAUCCAGAUAUUUAUGGUCCUGGUGAUUUCAAGAAUGGUUUAGAUAUGAAAGAAAUCCUUAGCAUUUGGUCAAGACCUUUUAUUAUGUUUGUGAAAGAACCUAUUGUGUUAUUUUUAUCCUUAUUAUCAGGAUUCUCUGAUGCUUUGAUUUUCAUUUGUAUGGAAUCUGUUCCAAUGGCUUUUGAAUUAUGGGGAUUCAAUACCAUCACCCAAGGUUUAGUUUUCUGUUCAGUUUUGAUUGGUUAUUUCAUUGCUUACUUCAUACACUUGGCAGAUAUCAAAAGACAAAACCAAAUUUUGGUCAAGGAAGGUGAUGCUGCUAGAUUACCUGAAAGAAGAUUGUUAUUAUUAUUAUUUUUAGUAGUUUUGGAACCUAUUGGGUUGUUUGGUUUCGCUUGGUCUUCAAUGGGUCCAACACAUAAUCAUUGGAUGGGUCCUAUUGUGUUCCUUGCUUUAAUCGGUAUUGCUAAUUAUAGUAUCUAUAUGUCGACUAUCGAUUAUAUGAUUUUAGCUUAUCAAUCCGAUUAUGCUGCUUCUGCAACUGGUGGUAAUGGUUUUGCUAGAGAUUUACUUGCAGGUAUUGCUGCCAUGUAUUCAGGUCCAAUGUUUAGACAUUUCUCCAAGACUAAAUCUUUACAAUGGGCCAAUACCUUUUUAGGAUUUGUAGCUAUUCUUGUUGCACUUCCUGUUUAUAUUUUCUAUUGGAAAGGUCCUCAAAUUAGAGCUAAAUCCAAAUUUGCUUCUACUUUAGCUGCUGAUAAGAAAUUAAGAAAAGAUAAAACAUUAAUGCACUUCGAUGAUAACGAAGAAGAAAUCGGGGUUGAAAACUUAAAAGCUGCUGACCAAAAUAAAGGUGGUAAACCAGCACCCGAAGAUGUUUUAUAG